AUGAAAAAAGACCAUAAACGUAAAUUUAUAGCCUUGAUCAAGAAACGUAAAGCAUAUCGUCGACAAUUGCAUAAAGAACUUUAUAAUACUGUACAAGAUAAGGAAAAUGAUAAUCAAGGUAAUCUUGAUCGUCGAAGUAUGCCGGUUACAGAAUGUUUAAAACAACGUAAUUAUUAUAAUCAUCUUGGUAGUAAUGAAAAUCAACAAAUUAAUCAAACAAGUUCUGUAACUAAUCUUAAUUCAUUUUUUCAAUAUAAAAAUCAAUUAACUAAUCAAACAGUUGCUACAACUAAUCCUAAUUCUUUAUUUCAAUAUGAAAAUCAACAUGUUAAUCAAACAGUUGCUGUAACUAAUUCUAAUUUAUUAUUUGCUGUAACAGAUCUUAACUCUUUAUUUCAAUAUGAAAAUCAACGUAUUAAUCAAACAGUUGCUGUAGCUAAUCCUAAUUUAUUAUGUCAAUAUGAACAUCAGCAUAGUGGUCAAAUAUUUCUUCAGCAACAAUUGAAUCAACAUGAUUUGAAUUUUAUAUCUAAUAAGGUACGUGAUACAACUAUUCAUAAAUUUGAACAUUUUUUUAAACAUAUAUCUACAUUUCCUCACUAA